AUGCCAUCACCUCUUCACACACAGCUGGACGGCGUUUGUGCAUUUGUCUUGGACCUCCACGCGCUGAGUGUGAAGUGUUUCCAUCUCUCAGUGUUUCAAUCCGCUAUCUCAGUGGUUCCCUCCCCUAACACACACCCAAUCUCACUCUGUGUGUGCGUGUGUGUGUGUGUGUGCAGAUGUGACUUCCCGCAAGAUGGUGAGGCUGCUGCUGGAGGACAAGUACGAGCCCGGCGCCCACAUCGAUGUCUUCGACAAGGAGAGGCCGUCCAACGAAGCUCCUGCUGGUGGUCGUCGCGUUAGGAUUGGCGAACGGCAGCUGGGCGCCAUAGCUGCCUUGUUUGCCAAAUUGGCCGACGACGGUGCGUCGGCGGAGGAAAUCGCUGCUGCGGAGGAGGAACCUGAUGCUGCUGCUGCUCUGCCUCACCCCCAUGGCCAGUCACCGCCGCAGUGACACAUGGAUAGAUGGAUGGAUGGACCUGAUGUAUUUGUGUAUACAACAGAGGGCUGGCUGGGUGGGUCAUGACGACAAGACAAAUACACAAACGCUUCAGACAGAUAGACAGACAGACAGACACGCAGAGAGAAACAGACGAGACUUUUUGGUUUUCAAUGUAUUGAUAGUGUGAG